AUGUUUUUUGCAGAUCAUUUGAGAUUGGCGAAUGGCAGCAGCCCGUGUGCCGGGAGAGUGGAGGUUUACCACGAUGGGCAAUGGGGUACAGUGUAUGGCUAUGGCUCUGGUGGCCCUGGCUGGGAUAUGAAGGCCGCGGCUGUGGUGUGUAACGAGUUGGGCUGUGGAGCCGCGCUCUCAGCAUCAGGAGAUGCGCACUUUGGCGAAGGCUCAGGUCCCGUUGUCACCUAUUAUGUCCAGUGCAGAGGGGGCGAGUCUGCUCUGAGGGAUUGCGAGUCACAGACGUGGGGUCACUGUUCCAGGUGGUAUUCACACUCCUAUGACGCCGGCGUCAUCUGCUCAAGAGGGGCAGAUCUUUUGCGGCUGGUAAAUGGAGGGAGCCCGUGUGCCGGGAGAGUGGAGGUUUACCAUAGCGAACAAUGGGGCACAGUGGAUGACUCUGGCUAUUAUGGUUGGGAUAUGCUGGACGCGGCUGUGGCGUGUAAGGAGUUGGGUUGUGGAGACGCGUUGUCAGCACCAGGAGGCGCUCACUUUGGGAGUGGUUCCGGUCCCGUUGUGACGUGGGAUGUUCGGUGCAGAGGGAGUGAUUCUGCUCUGAGGGAUUCUUUUCCCAAAGAAAUCAAAACCUUACUGCACGUCCUCAUACACAGGCUUAAUGUCUUCAGUUGA